UCACAUAAAUAUAUCAACACGACAUUUAAAUUAGUUUUGUAAGCUGUAAAAACGUAGAUUGGUUGAACUUCUGCCGAAGACAUGGGAAAUGUGUUUUAAGAAUCAGGGCGGGAAAAAGAGCUAGAAUAUUUACCGAUURUUUACGAGCUGAAUAUGGCCUUGAAUGGCAAGAUAUUUUUUACAUUAUUAUUUGUCGUGUUAUGUUGUUAUGGCCAUGGUUCUUCUUUCGUGUGCCAAAAACUCGACAACCAACUUCAACAGCUCUGCUCCAAAAUAAAUGGCGGCUACAACUUCACAGCAAGUUUUAAAAGCGUGAAUGGAGUUUCCUAUCAAGACGGAGUUUACUCAAAAGUAUUACACCUUCAAAGAGAGUUGAAGACGUGCUCCAUCGUGUCGGAACUAAUGAUUUGUUCACGUUUUGUACCAAAGUGCGUUGAAGGUCGAAGCAGCCCAGUUUUGCCGUGUCGUGAGAUCUGUGAGCAGUUCGUUGAACAAUGUGGAAGUAAAUUAGAAGAAAGAAAUCUGAAGGUUCUUUAUGCAACGAUUUGUAACGAGCUACCACAUAGCCGAGGAGAUGAUGGUGUAUGCAUCGAACCAAAAGGAUUAGAAAAACAAGGAAAACAUAAGAAAUUAGCCAUCUCGUUUAACUGUUCUUCCCAAACAAUCCCAGCAUGCAUUCAMGGGAAUUAUAGCCAAUUACMAGAAGAUAUAAGAACCAAACUSACAAAAGGUUUGAGUCACAGCCAAYCCUUGAUUAAAAACGGUUGUGCAGAGUACCUGAAGAGGUAYUCGUGCUACGGACAGACUACACCUUGUUACAUGCACAAUAGAUUGCCUUAUCGUCCUUGUCGCUGGCACUGUGAACUGAUGAGGAAAGAGUGUGAUCGAGAGAUAAGUAUGUUUAAUCUCUCGUUUCCCUUGUGUGAUGAACUGACAGAAAAAGAUCGUGUUGGUGAUCUGUGCAGGAUGGACUCGUGGCCUGUACCAUGGCCAAACAUAACAAAGAAAAAAGAGGUACAGGAGACAUGGAAAACAUGUUACUGUAACAGCGGAUGUGGGCAGAUAAAGAAAACGUGCGAGACAAAGGGAUCUUGUUUCAUCCAAUCACAAUUCUCUAUUGAUUACGGAUACACCUACACUACCCAAGUCUGCAUACACCCAGGGAAGCAAAGGGACUUUAUCUGCAACAACACUAAAAACUACAUGUAUGCAAAAUGCUGUGACCAAAAUUACUGCAAUAAACACCUAGAAGGGAUAUCAAGAGCAUCUACUACAACAGCCAAGCCCACGAGUAUUCCAAUCACAGCAGUUGCAAAUGUCACAUCAAYGGCCAAAUCUACAAGUAAUCCAUCCAUAACUAACAAUAUGGCUCCCACAGGAACACCACCACCAAUCAUCGUGGCAACUACAAACAACAGUUCUGCAUCUACAGGACAUGAUGGGAUAUACAUCAUAACAAUCAGAGCAGCUUUGGCUUCAGUACUGGCAAUCACUUUCAAACAUUAAGGAGUGUGCAGGACAUGUUAUGAUAGAGUCAUUGCUGCCAAGGCAMGCCCAGCGUGCAGUUUUUCAUAACAAUUACUCUGAUUUCAAAAUAAUUGCACUAGUUUUAGGUAUAAGAGUAUCUUUACAUGAAUUUAAGUGCUUUUUUACCCAAAAACAAAAACUGUGUCAACCCUAACAGUAUAAAUACCGUAGGCCUAAAAAAGGUGAGACAAUAGGAUCAAAAGGAAAUAUCCCUUGUAGCCUGUCUUGUAAUCUUGUUGCAGGUUAAGUUGCAUGAACUAAUUGCAAGGUGUAAUAUAAUAAUAGUGAUGAUGAUGAUGAUGAUGAUGAUGAUAAUAGAAAUAUAUAAAUGACGAUAAUGCAAAAAAAAAAAAAGAUCAUGGUAAUGAUGAUAAUAAUAGUAAUAAUAGUAAUGAUGAUGAUAAUGGUGAUAAUGAGAAGAAGUAUCAAAAGAAUAAAAAGUGGUUUCAACUUUCGAAUUUCAGCUUCAAAAAACAAUUUAAUGUAACAAUUUACAAUUGUAAGCAAAAUAAAAUUAAAGCACUGAUAAGCUAAUAUAUAGUAGGUGUAUAAUUGCAAAAACAUCAAAAUGGGAUUAGCAAAAUAACAACAUAUCAUGUACAUUUUUCAAGCUAGUAUGAAAGCUGUUCUGAAUCACUUUUUUUAUUUUAGACAUACCUAAUAUAGAUUAUGGUUCAACUGGYGUAUAUGGACAUGAUUGUUUAAUUGAGAUUCUUCCCUCAUAAAACUGACAUUUUCAUAUAGCUUUACAGCUGUUUCCCUUGUUCUCGUGGAACCUAUCCUCAACCAUACGAAACUUUCCUCACUGUCUUUAUGGUGUGAUGACAAUGGUGUAGUAAUUGGGUGGCGCCGAUGAAGAUGAUGACAAUGCCAAUGAUGAAGAUGGGUGUUGUUUAUGAUGAAGAUGGGUGGUGUUCAUGAUGAAGAUGGGUGGCGUUCAUGAUGAAGAU